AUGUGUUUACAUGUAUUCUGUGCUGGAUUCGCAAUAUUUCAACAUAAAACAAUUAAAGAUUCACAAGGAAAGGAUUAUUAUUUAUUAAUUAUUUUAUUUUUAAUAUUUUUUCCAGUAGUAGUUAUUCCUAUAAUUUGGAUUAUUAUGAUUAAUAGACUUGCUAUUGAUUCAACUAAUUUAGUAUUUCUUGUAUUAUUUUCGUCUUUUGAGAGAUAUCAAAAGCAGGCUUUGUUAUUAGCUUGUGUAUUUAUAUUAAUUCUUUCUUUGACAAGAAAUGUAUCUUAUUAUACUCAUCAUGUGCAUGAUGAUUUUCUGGCUACUUCAACUGCAAUAAUUCAAUACAAAUUGCGUGAUGCACUAGACAAAGCAAGAUUAUAUAAGAGUCAAGAUAAGAAUCAGAAUGGUGAUGAUAAAAAUAUUGAGAUGAAGCAAUUAAUAGAUAAAAUGCAAAAAGAAAUAGAUGAAAUGAAAAAAAAAUUGAGUUAUGAAAAUCAAAAUGAA